AGGUCCCUGGGCUGAAGAGGACUAUCCACAUCUUCAUAUGGAUAUCGCUCAGUUGCUUGGGAUUGAGGACCGGUUGGUUUCCAGGGUGCAGAAGAUGAGCGACAUUGUGUUCCAGGCAAUACGAGAAUCAGAAAUCGACAUUAUACCGUCUCCAGUGUCUAUUCACCUGUCUGAUCCAUCAUCACCCGUCCAGCUUCCCCUCCAAUCCAUGCCAUCAUUUUAUUUGUCUCCUCUUCCCACAGUGCCUGCAUCUUCGUUGAUUAUCCCUGUACCAACUUCAACCACCGCAAUCGCCCCUCUCCAGAGAACCAAUGCUGUCACUUCCAUUAUUGCCUCAACAGCAACAAGUUCAAUCUCCAGCCCGACUCCAUCUUCAACUACCAAAAUUGCCCAUCUCCAAAGAACCAAUGAGGUAACUGCCGUCAUCGCCUCCACAGCCACUACUUACCUCUCCAGCCAGACACCAUCUUCAACCAAUCUGUCACCUAUUAGCACGUCUUCUGUCCGUCCUGUUCCAGCCAUGAUGUCGGCGCCUGCAGCUACACUCCAAUCACCUAUCACUGCCAACCUGCCUUCCCUGCCAACAGAAUCUGUUUUCAAGCCACCAGCAACUAUAAGGAGUCCCAUCACCACUUCAUCAACAUUACCCACAACAACAGUCCCUUUUUCUGCCCGAUGCCUUCUUUCGCCUAUUAGAGGUUCAACACCUGUAUCUCACCCAACAUCCACAACCACCGAGGCUCAAAGCGAGGUCGCGAGGUAUUACCCUUCUCCAUUGUCUGUGGUGGAACACUACGUGCCGACCCUUGCCAACACACUCCUGCAAACACAUGCGAAGGCCCUUCUGGUCAGUGGGGCAAUGCCUCUGCUUCCCCCUUCCAAACGUGAUUGGUCUUCUGUUCCAGAUGAGGCAAUAACGCUCGUACAAGGGUUACGCUGGCCACCAAAAGCAUGGAGGAACCUUUCUCCUGACUGCCGAUUACUUGCAUUGGAGUUUGCUGCAACAUCCAUUCUCCAGUCCACUGCUGUAUCAUGGAGCAUCACCAACCGAUGUCUGUUGGUCCAUCAAUUUCAGCACCUGAUGCUCCCUGGUACAGCAAGUAUUCUCCUGGACAGCAGUGGAAAGGCCCGCCACUACUUAUCCGAAACAGUCCGAGAGAUUGUUAGCGGCGUCAGCUCUCUCCCACCAGAAGUCAAAUCUCAAAUACUAAGGACCCUCCCAGAUCAUCAAGAUGAUCCUCUCCUGUCCAUCAUCAAGGACAUUCCAGUCAGGCCCUGAAGGAAGACGAUAUCAUGUUAACUUUGAAUGUUAAAAGUGGUUUAGUAUAAAUAAUUAAAUUUUAUAUGUUUUAAAUAACUGUUAAAAUGUAAUGACAUAAAACAAAGUACUUGUACAUUUCAAACUCCAGGAGUAGUUUAUUUAUUUAAGGUAGGGGAAAUGUAAUAUGUAAUAGUUAUGAUAUCAAUUAAAUCUACUUACAUAUGUUUUAUAAACUCCAGAUACUUGCUAACAAUUCAUUGUUUAUCACAAUACAGUAAUUCCAAUCCAAAAAUACGCUCCAUGUUUGUUUACUAUGACGCUGUCAGCCAGCUGUGUAGGAAUACGACCUAGAUUUUCAAUUGCACAAUAUAAUUUGUUUUUCCUAACUAUUGUUCUCCAAAAUUGAUGGUUUUCACUUGUUUUAUACUCAAACCCGGUUGAGUCGCGGGUCGUUUUGACUCGCGGUAUUUCAUUAGCGCCCUCUGGAUUGUGUUUGUAAACAAACCUGCGUGACCUACUUUUGAAAUCUGAAAGAAAACAUCUUUUGCUGCCAGUAUGAAUAGAUUUUUGGUAAGUAACUACCCAAAAUCGA